AUGGAUGGUUUUAAUCAAUUACGCAAAUUACAAUUUUAUGCCGAUCAUUUUACUUUGGCUACAGACCGUUCCAUAAAAAUAUAUAAAAUGAAUUCACAACUUUUAACAAAAGAAUCCCGAAAAUCUUUCCAUGAUUUUAUAUACGCUUCGGUUCCUAUAAAGUAUGGAUUGUUAAGUAACAAAGUAAAAUUACAUGUGCUACCUCAUUACAAGAAUCCAAGUUAUUUUACACAUCAAAUAUCAUAUAAUACAAGAACUGACGCUUAUUAUGAGAAUGAUCUCAAUGAGAUGUCCUUUUUAAUUAAAGAUUCUGGAUUUUUAAAGUAUUGGCGUUCUGGAAUGUUAGAUUACGAAAUGGUUGGUAAAAAAUGGGAAAUUUUAAAAGUUUACACAAAUUCUCUUAAUAGAUUGUAUUUAGCAAAAGAUCCUAGAAAGAUUGAACAAAGUCAAGCAGAACUUCCAGCCUCAGCUAUUUGGAAAUUUGAUUACAGGCCAGCAGAAUUAGUUAUUUCCAGUCUCAACAUAAAAUUUCAGAAUAAAAUUCAUAAUAUAAAUCAAAAACAAAUGACAAUAGAGUGGUCGAUCUCACCUUUACCAACGAGAAAAAAUCCGUGUCCUAUUUGGAGUCCAAUUAAUGUCGAACCAUCGCAGUUAUAUACUGAAAAUGAUUGGUGUACAAGUAUAAAUAUCACGAAAUAUGUGAAAGGAGAAUAUGGAUUUUUGUUACAAGCUUAUAUGAGUGGACCAAUGGUGAAACUUUGGAGAAAUAAGGAAAUGUUUAAUUGUUCUUUUAGUGAUAACGCUCCAAGUUUUGGAAUGAAUUUGAAUGUUGUUUUGAAAAGGGAAAAAGAUAUAAAAUAUGGAAUAUUGCCAAAGAUAGAUACGCAUGAUGAGAAUGUAGAAAGGAUGAUAUUGAAUGAUAAAACUUCAAGCGAUUUUAUCAUUACUCUUGAUAACUCUAGUAAUAAUAGUAUGGAUAACAAUUCGCAAAGACAUUCAGAGUCAUUCUACGUUCAUUCCAAAGUUUUAUCACUUAGAUCAGAUUAUUUUCGCGCGUUAUUUAACUCAAAAAUGAUGGAAUCAAAUGACAUGUCACUUUUACUCAAAGACGUAUCUUGUAAUAUCUUUAGAACAAUUCUUGAUUAUUUAUACACAGGAAAAAUUAAUAAUAUCUCGACAAUGGAAGAGUGGAUCGACUUACUUUACGCGUCUUCAAGAUUUUUGAUUCCUUCAUUAAUCCAAUUUUGUGAAAAGAAUCUUGUGGGAUUCAUUAAUGAUCAGAAUGCAGAAGAAUUCACAAAUAUUUCAAUAGAAUGUGGUGCGCAACGAUUACUUAAAUAUUGUGAAUUUUUAGAAAUAAAAACUGAUAAUGGGUUUGGUAAAUAUGAUAAUGGUGUGGACAAAAAGAAUGAGCUGAAGAAUCUCGGAUCACGACCGUUGCUUGCAAAAAUGAGAUCAAUGAGAUCACUCGUUAAAAAUAAAAG